CGUCUUGCGCCUCAUCCUCCAUCGCCUCGACAGCACUCCAUCUCCGCGCCCAACGCCAGACGUGCGCCUCGCGGCCGCUGCGCGCAGCACGUCUCCGGCGCUGUUGCAUGCGCUGAGCCACAGCAGCCCCGCCCCUGCCUGCCCGCCAUGGAUCGCGAUCUCUACACGCUCGUCCCCCUGCCGCUCCUCGCCGAUGCCACGCUCAGCGUGCGCAUUGCCUCGCUGCAAGGGCGCCUGCCGACGCUCUCGCGCGCCCAGCGCAUCGAUGCGCCGCGCCAGCGUCUCGCCGGCGUGCAUGCGGCACAGGCGGCGGGCGAGGCGUGCGCCGAUGUGUACGUCGAGGCGCGCCUGUAUGCCGACAAUCGCCCGCUCUGCCAGCCGGUGCGCACGCGCUAUCGACACUUUCGCAGCACGUUUCAGUUCAAUGAGACGCUGCACUUCCCCGUGCCCCUCGCGUCGCUGCCCCUCGGCGCACAGAUUGGCUUCUCGGUGUGGGACGCGGCAGCGCCCGAGACGAGCGAUGGACGUGGACAUGCGCGGCGCUGCAUCGGCGGGACCACGUUGCGGCUCUUUGGCAAGAAGGGCACAUUGAAGCGCGCAUCGCAUCGCCUCUAUGUAUGGUCAGAGACGCCGGCGGACGGCAGUGCAGAGAGCACCACGCCGUCGAAGAUGCGUGGCUUGCAGGCCAAGGCGGACGUGCCAGACAGCGGCCCUUCUGCACGCUCUGGCGCCGCAGCGGGCGGCAGCUUCGACGAGAUGGGCCGGCUGGAGAAGCUGAUCAAGGCUCACGACUCUGCGCUUCUGCCGCGCCUCUCAUGGCUCGACAAGCUCACGUAUCGGCAGAUUGAGCGCAUCAAUGCCGAGCAGGCCGCCAACUCGGAUGCUUUGUGGUUAUACGUCGACUUGCCACGCUGGGAGGCGCCCGUUGUGUGGUGUGAGACGGAGGGAGCGACGGGACAAGCCGGGCAAGAGGCCGGCACUGCGACUUCUUCAGCGCCCUCGGCCGGCCCACAGCCCGUAUCUGCAGGCGCACAAGGAGUGGCGCAGGCACCUGUCAUUGACGCCGCGCUGUUUACGGUCUUUGAUCCCGAGGUCGAAGUGGGCCUGGGCAGUCGAGCGGCACUGGAGAAUCUCAGCGAGGCAAAAAGCAGACGCUUGGCUCGAAGUCAUCGCAACGGCCCGCUCGAUCGAGAACUCAAGCCGAACGCUGGCGUACGCGACGAGCUCAACGAGAUCCUCUCGUACCCGCCCACGCGCACACUGACGUCACGCGAGGCAGAUCUGCUCUGGACGUUCCGCUUCUAUCUCUCGCGCUUCGCCUCGGGCUUGACCAAGUUUCUCAAGUCCGUCUCGUGGAACGACCCCGGCGAGGCAAAGCAAGCCACCGAUGUGCUGCUGCCCAUGUGGGCGCGCAUCGGCAUGGACGACGCGCUGGAACUGCUGGGUCCUGGCUUCCGAGACUCACGAGUACGCGCGUAUGCUGUGCAGCAGCUUGAGAGGGCAGAUGAUGAUGAACUUAUCCUUUACCUGCUGCAACUGGUCCAGGCGCUCAAGUUUGACGACACGACGGUGUCUGGCGGCUCCUCUGGCCCCUCGCCAGCAUCAUCGAGUGCACAACAGCAGCCCGAUCGCCGCAUCGCGCCCACAGCUCGACUGGCCGAGGCAGCGCCCAGCUCUUCGCCCUCCGCGUCGCUCUCCACCUCCGAGGGCUCGCUGUGGACGUUCCUCGUGCGCCGCGCUCUGCAGAGCUCGGAUCCCGUACUGGCGAACAAUCUCUAUUGGUACCUCACCGUGGAGACGGAGGACAAGCGCUGGGGCAAGUUCUUCAAGACGAUCAAGGCGCGCUUUCUGGAGCAGAUGCUCGAGGCACCCAAAGGAGCAGAGCUUCGCGAGCUCUUCCGGCGGCAAAGCGAGCUGCUUUCCCAGCUCUCGGCGCGCGCCCAAGCCCUGCGCUCCUCCAAAGACUCACGGCCCAAGAAGAUCGACAAGCUGCGCGCGGCCAUUGCGGAUCCGCGCCACGGGCUGCGCAAGUUCUCGCCCGUGCUGCCGCUGCCUCUCGAUGCGCGCGUGCGCGUAGAGGGCAUCGCGCCGGAGGCUAGCACCGUGUUCAAGAGCAAUCUCUUUCCUUUGCUCCUGCAGUUCGAACGCAGCAGCACCAGCGGCGCCCCUUCCAGUUCGACCAGCGCUGCUGCUGCUGCCGAGGCACCUCCUCCAGCGCGUACUGAGGCAGGCAGCAGCGACGCCGACGCGGCACCGCAACGGCCGCCGCCGUACGGCGUCAUCUUCAAGAACGGUGACGAUCUGCGCCAGGACCAGCUGGUGAUGCAGCUCUUCACGCUCAUGGAUCGCCUGCUGCGCAACGAGAACCUCGACUUGCGCAUGACGCCGUACCGCGUGCUUGCGACGGGCCCAGUCGAUGGCAUGGUGCAGUUCGUCGAAAGCAAGAGCAUAGCUGCCAUCGUCGCACAGCACGGAGGCAGCCUGCUCAACUAUCUGCGAGCUCACCAUCCGGAUGAGAGCAGUCCGGCCACGUAUGGCGUCGCGCCGGUGGUGCUGGACACGUUUGUCAGGUCGUGCGCUGGAUACUGUGUCGUGACGUACCUCCUCGGCGUCGGCGACCGGCAUCUGGACAAUCUGCUGCUCGCGCCCGACGGGCACUUUUUCCACGUCGACUUUGGCUACAUCCUAGGCCGCGACCCCAAGCCCUUCCCGCCGGCGCUCAAGCUCAGCCGCGAGAUGGUCGAGGCCAUGGGCGGCGCGCAGUCGCCGCACUACGCGCGCUUCAAGAGCCUCUGCUACACGGCCUACACGAGUCUGCGCAAGAACUCCAACCUCAUCCUCAACCUCGUGGCACUCAUGGUCGACGCCAACAUUCCCGACAUUCGCAUCGAGCCGGACAAGGCCGUGCUCAAGGUGCAAGACAAGUUUCGCCUCGAUCUCGGCGAGGAGGAGGCGAUCCAGUACUUCGAGGGCCUGCUCAACGAGACGUCGUACGUCACGCUCGUCUUUGACCGCCUGCACGACGCGGCGCAGUUCUUCCGCUCAUGACGAUGCAGUACUGUGUCCCCAUUGCGGCGCGUGAAGAAUCUAGAGAAGGGCCUGCUGAGGGCAGAGGUGAGAAGAGGAGCGAUGCCUACAUGCCGCCGUUGGCCAAGUAGACGACCUCUUCGUACUAAGAAGGGCAGCAGCGCGACGCAAGUCAGCAGCUGCGCAGCGCUCCGCGGGGGGCACAGCAAUUUCCCACUCACACACAGGAACGUCACGCCACCCCCGACGAUGAGGCGACACAGUCUCGGCGUGGCGCCGCGCCAGAGCGCACGUGUGCCUUCGGUGCGCAUGAUGUGGCGCGCCAGCGACCAGACGC